AAAACAGCGUUCCAAACAACAUGGCGCCAACCUGAAACCAGGAAAAGUUUCGCUUUGAAAUUUAGAGACCCACUCGGCGCCGGCAAGAAAACGUUUGUGGCAGAGUGUCUGAUUUACGCAUAUAAAAGAAAAUGACUGCGGUAGAUUCAAGAAGGCCGCUAAACGUUCUGAUCGGCUGUACAGGCAGCGUAGCCUCCGUGAAGGUGCCGCUGCUCUGCAAGCUCCUGACCGAAGCCGACACGGGCGACCGAAAAAUCACGCUCAAACUGGUCGCGACCACGAACUCGCUUCAUUUCUUUGACCGGACGCAGAUACCGCCGUCGGUGCCGCUCCUUCUCGACGAACACGAGUGGGAGACGUGGCAGAAGAUGUCCGAUCCCGUACUUCACAUCGAGCUCCGACGCUGGGCCGACCUGAUGGUGAUUGCGCCGCUGGACGCCAACACCCUGGCGAAGAUCGCAUGCGGGCUGUGCGACAACUUGAUCACCUGCGUCGCUCGGGCCUGGGACAUGGGCAAGCCGCUGCUGUUCUGCCCCGCCAUGAACACCCACAUGUGGAGUCACCCGCUGACCGGCAGGCAAAUCCAGGUGCUCAAGGAGCUCGGUUACAGCGAGGUGGCUUGCAUCGAGAAGAAACUGGCGUGCGGAGACACUGGGUUCGGGGCGAUGGCCGAGGUACCCACCAUCGUGGCUGAGAUACUUCGAGCCCUACAAGUUUCGAAACCUUAGCGAGAGGCCUGCGUAAGGUACUACACAUCGACAGCCAUGAAAACCAAAGUGCAAUUCUCCUUCAUAAUAUUUGCUACACAACGUUUUCUCUGCUUCAACUGUGCGUACCCGAAUACAAAGAUUAGACAGCUCAUUAAUAGAGGGAAGAUCAUCUCACCCAACAGUGCCUUUUUGACACAUCCUAAUCAAGUUAUAUCUAUGGUAUAGCCUCAAUGGACCUUUCGCCAAAUAUCCAAAGUGUCAAGGAGAGUUCCGGGAACCCAAGUACACCCUAUGUGUCUAAAAUAUUCCAAGUAAAUAACUAAAAAAAAAAAAAAGGUGGCAAAUGCACAUGCAAAUUGGCAAAUUUUAAUUUUUUGCUUCAGAACAGUUACUGCCGCACAUAUGCCAUCACGUGUAGCAUGUGUAAUUACACUUUUAGCAUGCUCCUCGGUGCUCGAGUAAUUUAGGUGUAUUGAAGACACACACCACCUUCAUUUUUGCUGAGCUCCAACACCAAUAUGCCUCAUGACGACGCCACUGCAGCUGCUACCAACAGUUUGUACAACACCGAACACCAAUAAUCAGGCCUCAGCUGCACAAUUGCUUGAAUGCAAUCACUUUGGUCUUUGUAUUACAAACAGGACCACUAUGGGCGCAAAAAAUGACCACAAAUUAUGCCAACAUGUUCGGGCCAUAACUGGAAAGCCAAUUCCUCUUGAAUCAUCCUAUCCAGCCAUAUUUGUAGAUACAUUAAUUGAUAUUGAUAUUUAUUUGAGCUCAGAAAGCUGCAGCGCCAUAGAAAGGCAAGCUGCCCAUACCGUGAAGGCCUGCGGCACCACUUCUAAUGAUGAUGAAAUGGUAUUGUACAGAUGUUGAUGAUGGAACGUUGAAGAGGGUGAGGAGCAUUAGACCUAACAACGGUCCUUGCAACGGUUGUCUUUGCGGGGCCGCCAUGGUCUGCUGACUUCUAGCAGGACAGUCUCGAGUGCAUAACGAGGGCUCCCUGCAUGUCCGGCUUGCAGACAAGCCUGCCGAACUUCCGACGACGCAGGGAGUCCAGCACCCGUGUGUUGGGGCUCCAGGAGCUGGUGCCGGUGUUGGCCGGCCAGCGGUCUUCGCAAAACCGAGCGUAGAAGUCUCCCAGCUUACGGACGAGCUUGUAACCGAGCAGCGGGAGCACCCUGUCGAUCGAAGACAUGGCGUGUGCCACUGGUCCGGCGGGUUGUCUGACGACGGGAAAACCACGUCUUAUGCCCAGCUGACUUCCUCUUCUUCGACUCCGUCUUCAUCAAUAUACAAUAUUGAUGAAGAGAGGACGAGGGCCAGGCAGAAAUUCUGUUCUUGUUGUGCUUUAACUGUGAGACGCAUAAAAUCUGCCCCCUCAAGACACAUAUUUCAAAACAGCUGCUGUAUCCAUGGUCGGGCUUCCAGUUUUGCCAGAAGCACCACUCGUGGUAAUCAUACCUAACUUACAAAUUCUAUGCAAUAUUCGAAGACUUAAAUGAAAACAGUGGAAAGCUGUCUGUAGUACAGCACACAACAUUGUGAAUCAGAAUGGUGUACUGGAUUCUUUUAACAAAAUCCAAAUUUCUUGCAGCAUCAUUUUUUUUGCCUUAGUUCUUGAUGGGCCCCCCUCUGGCUUUCUAGGAAGGGUUUAAAAAUUUGUGCAGCUUUCGUUUUGUGUUUAGCAAAUCUUUGAAACUUGCUGACCAAUUUAUAAUAGAAGCAACAGAGGCGAAAGCUGUUUGGUGUUCAGACCAAUUUAGUUGUCUUGUUUGUUUAGAAUUUCUGACCCUUCUUUUGCUUGUAUGCCACACUUUCGUAGAGCAUCCGUUGUUGCUGGCCUUUAUUUUCGUUCCCUUUCUUAGUAUUACCUUUCCCGUGUUGUCUCAGUUUCUUUUAUACGUGUUGCACCCUAUCCACAUCUCUUCCUUUUUCAUACCUUCACCAAUUGUUUUUAAGGUGAUUUUACUUCAUGUCAAAUUCCUGGUGAAGCUGACUCCUGGUGAAACUGUUGUGAAUAAACGUUUUUAAGUUUUAAA